CGAUGCUCGCCGCCGUCCGGACCAGCGAGUGGAGCGGCGAGGCGAGGGGCGAGGCGAGGAGCGUGCUCGAUCUGGGAGACACCAUCGGCGAGGGCGGCACGUCCAUCGUCGUGCGCGCCGAGCCGGGGGCCGAGCCGGGGGACAGCGCGGGCAGCAGCUCCGCCGGCGGAGAGAGGGCGGCGGCCGGCGGCGAGCAAGUGGGCUCGCCCGGGCGGAUGGGGCUGGCGGAGCACGAGGGGCGAAUGGGGCUGGCGGUCAAGGUGAUCAAGCGCGGCGGCGGCGGCGGCCGCAGCGGCGGCGGCGGCGGCGGCGGCGCGGGUGGCGGCUGUGCGCCGAGCGAGGCGGAGAUCGCGUGGGAGGUGCACGUGCUCACGCAGCUGCGGCACGGGAACGUGGUGCGGGUGGUGGACGUGAUUGAGGUGGUCGACGCGCACUACAUCGUGAUGGAGGAGGUUGGCGGGCCCGAGCUCACCCAGCUGCUGCAGCGCGCGCCCGGGGGCAGGCUGCCGCUCCACACCACCCGGCUCGUCUUUCGCGACCUCCUCGCCGGCUUGCGACACGCGCACGGUCGCGGCUUCGUGCACUGCGACCUCAAGCCCGCAAACGUGCGCCUCUCCGCGCGGCUCGACCGGGCGGUCCUCACCGACUGGGGCCUCGCGCGCAGCGUCGGAGCGAGGCCAGAGGAGUGCUGCGUCGGCACACCGGCGUACGCACCUCCGGAGCGGCUGACCGGCUACUGCCGCGAUUCGGUCGACGGGCGGCGCGCCCUCGGCCCCGCGAGCGACGUCUGGUCGCUCGGCGUUCUCCUGUACGAGAUGGCCUGCGGUGCGCUCCCCUUCCCCUCCGCCUCGCUCGACCAGCUCAUCGCUGCGGCCGCCGCCGGACGGUACGCGCCGCUCCCCCACGGAGUGGCGCGGGAGGUUGUCGAGAUUGUCCACGGCACGCUCUGCGUCUCGCCCGACGACCGCCUCUCCGGCGCGGAGCUGUGGGCUCUGCCGUGGACGGCGCGCGACUCGGGCCAUGCCGGUCGGGAGGAGGGGGCGGGGGCGGCGCCACUCAUGUGCGGCGAGUGCGACGAGGAGAGCUUGCCGCUGCUCGCCGACCCCUCGCCGACCCGGUGCCGCGGGGGCGGCGGCGCCGGUGCGAGCCGACUGCUCCGCCUGCGGGAGGCUGGCUCCCGGCAGCUCUGUGCGCCAGGGUGGGCAGGCGCGCUGCGAGUCGCGGCGGUCGGCCUCUAUGCUGCGAUCUGCGUCUUCGCGUUGGCGCGAGGAGCGGUCGAGCGUCAUGAGUAAAAUCUCCUCUAGCGUGUACGUAUUGUGUUACAUUGGCGUAAAUCG